UAAUUUCGUGAUUCAGCAGAUCCAUUUUCACUCUCCAUGUCAAUAACCGUUUGCCUUGUAAAAUCCAUCCAUAGAAAGUGAAGAAACAAACAAUCCCCACAAAAUCUCUCUCCCUGCGGAAAGGGGAACUCUCCAUGAAGAAGCAGAAGCAGAUCCAACCCUCGAACCCUUUCGAUCUCCUUUCCGAGGAACUCGUGUUCAUAAUCUUGGACCUCAUCGCUCAGAACCCAACCGAUGUCAAAUCCUUCUCUCUAUCCUGCAAGUGGUUCUACCAUAUCGAAUCCAAGCACCGGAGAACCCUGAGUCCGCUCCGUUCGGAGUACCUCCCUCGGGUCCUCACACGGUACCCGAACACCUCCCACCUCGAUCUCACCUUCUGCCCACGGGUCACAGACAACGCGCUUCGUACCAUCGCCGACCUCUGCGGUCCGACGCUCCGGUCCCUGGACCUUUCGCGGUCGGGGGCCUUCUCGGCGGUGGGGCUGCUGAGCGUGGCCGUGAAAUGCGUGAAUCUGGUGGACAUCGACCUCUCGAACGCGACGGAGAUGAGGGACGCGGCCGCGGCGGUGGUGGCGGAGGCGAGGAACCUGGAGAGGCUGCGGCUGGGGAGGUGCAAGUUGCUGACGGACAUGGGAAUCGGGUGCAUAGCCGUCGGCUGUCGGAAGUUGAGUUUGGUUAGCUUGAAAUGGUGCGUUGGCGUUGGAGAUUUGGGUGUUGGUUUACUCGCCGUGAAGUGCAAGGAAAUUCGGAGCUUGGACCUCUCCUACUUGCCGAUAACGGGCAAGUGCUUACAUGAUGUUCUGAAAUUGCAACACCUUGAAGAGCUUCUUCUAGAAGGGUGCUUCGGGAUAGACGAUGAUGGCCUUUCCUCACUCAGACAUGAACUCAAGUCAUUGAAGAAGCUUGAUGUGUCGAGCUGUCAGAAUCUAACUCACAGGGGCUUAACCUCCCUACUGAGUGGGGCAAAAUGUUUGCGGCAACUCGUGCUGGCACAUGGUUCUUCUGUCAUAUCAUCAGAUUUUGCCAAUUGCGUGGAGAAAAUCUCAACAUUGCAGUCAAUCGCACUGAAUGGUUGUUCCAUUACUCCUGACGGGCUGCAGGCCAUUGGCAUUUCGUGCAAUGCCCUGAAAGAGCUCAGCUUAAGCAAAUGCCUAGGGGUGACGGACGAAGGUCUCUCUUCCAUAUUGAUCAAACGGAAAGACCUAAGGAAACUUGACGUCACAUGUUGCCGGAAACUGACUGGUGUUUCCAUUGCCCAAAUCGCAAAUUCAUGUCCCAGUCUCAUCUCCCUGAAGAUGGAGUCUUGUUCUCUUGUUCCUAGAGAAGCCUUCGUGUUGAUUGGGCAAAAGUGUCGAUUUCUGGAGGAGCUUGACUUGACAGAUAACGAAAUUGAUGAUGAAGGACUGAAGUCCAUAUCUAGUUGUCUUAAUCUCUCGUCGUUGAAGGUUGGAAUUUGUCUUAAUAUAACAGACAAGGGGCUCUCAUACAUUGGAAUGGCCUGCUCAAACCUCUGUGAACUUGAUCUUUACAGGUCAGUGGGGAUAACAGAUGUAGGGGUUUCGUCAGUAGCCAGAGGCUGCUCCAAACUUGAGGCCAUUAACAUGUCAUACUGCAGAGACGUGACAGACAUGUCAUUGGUAAGGCUGUCCAAGUGCCCGAGACUGAAAACGUUAGAGUGCAGAGGAUGCCCUCUGGUGACGUCUCUAGGAAUGGCUGCCAUUGCCGUUGGCUGCAAGGGGCUGGCUAAGCUCGACCUGAAGAAGUGUCAGAACAUCGACGAUUCCACAAUGAUCACACUUUCCCACUUCUCCCACUGUCUCAAACAGAUAAGCGUGUCGGAGACGGGAGUGACGGAGGUGGGGCUGAUGUCGUUGGGGAACAUAGGGUGCCUUGAGAACAUAGCGGUGGUUCAGUCGGGCGGCUUUACCCCUGGCGGCCUGGCGGCUUCUCUGAUGGCAUUCCCAGCUCUUAGGAAACUCAAACUCCACUCGUCUUUCAAAGCCCUCCUCCCUCCCACCAUCUUCCUUCACUUGGAAGCUCGCGGUUCUGUCUUUCUCUGGAAAGACCCAUCUCCUCAGGCGGAGUUGGAUCCAAAGUACUGGAAACUGCAGCUGGAAGAAGAUUAUUAUGGGGAGCGAUAGAGAGAAGGAUGAUCCCACAAAUGAUUGGGAGAGGCAGGCCAUGUGUGUAUAUCUGUCACAUAUACAUGGUUGGUUGGUUGGGUGUUUUUGGUCGUUCACUCGAAUAAACAACUGUCCACGUGGCCCCCUCUCGUUUGGGUCCCACUAAUAUUUCACCCCUUUUCUAUGGUUUCUUCUCUCGUGGCA